AUGGAGUCGCAAAUUCAAAAUGACGACAAGAGCCUAAUAAUCGAAAUACUGUCACCCGUUCUCGACCACCUGAAGGAACUGAAGGCGUUGACACCCGAGAGUCUACAGGACCACAAUCAGACCCUCAACAACGAGACGCACGCUCAGGUUCUUAAGCAGAAGCUGCUACCGAUAGGUCAGCUUAUCGUGGACAGCCUCGAAACAGUCCCACUGGACCACCGGGGUUGGUUGGAGGGAGCUAUAUGCCAUCACAUCGCCGACAAUUACUGGCCGCUGCCUGUCAACUUCUUCACCCAUCUGAAGAUCCAGGAGAAAUACCGCAAUGCGCUCUUCAGGUUGGCGCAGCGCACACCUGCCGGAGCCAUCGAGCCGCAUCCCAACAAGGACUCUCAGCAGCCUCAAGCACCAGCUAUCGAGCCUGAUCCGCCCCAACCAUCGCUGGACCCGAGGGAUAAUCCGGACACGCCACCAUUCCCCAAAUCGACCGCUGAGCAACCUCAAGCAUCAGCUAUCGAGCAAGAUCCGCCCCACCCGUCGCUGGAACCGAGGGAUGAUUCGGAUACCACUGCACCAUUUCCCGGAUUGUCCAUUCAGCAGCUACAAUCAUCAGUCGUUCAGGCCGCUCCGGGCUCUGGGGACUUUCUAGAUCUAAACUUUUACGAGUUGAGAGCAGAGGCUAUUGAAGAGGCCGAUGCGAGGGACUUGGACAACGUAUAG